AUGAGAUUCGAUGGGAAUCCAAACGAACGAACGAUUUUGUUUAAAACAGUAAUCAUGCGAACGACAUUAAUACUACUGCUGGUUCUAGCCGGCUUUAUCGGAGCCUCUAUCGCUCAAUCCGACCCUUUAAUCCAAGAUGCAGCUGCUUCAGCAGCGUUAGACCCGAACAAAGAAGUAGAAAAUUCCACCGAAGCCCCCAUUGAUGAGCAAACCGAAGCAGUUACCGACUCUAAUGGAGCUCUAGAUGAGAACGAGAGCACUACCGAAGACUCAAUAGAUGUUACCACUGAUACAAGCAUUGAUGAUGGUAAUAACAACCGAAACGAUGCUCAACUUAGCACCGAAAUUCCGGAGAGCAGCCGCAAUGCUGAUGGUGCUCAAAGCGAUGGAAAUAAUGAUGCGAAUAAUGCAGGAAAUGCACCUCAAAGUGAUGCUGGUGCUGCUGUAACAACUGAUACACCGGCUGAUGGUGCUCAAGAUAAUGCAGGAAAUAGUAAUAAUGGUGCAAAUGAUGCAAAUAAUGCAGGAAAUGCAUCUCAAGGUGAUGCUAAUGCUGCUGUUACAACUGAUACACCGGCUGAUGGUGCUCAAGAUAAUGCAGAGAAUGGUAAUAAUGCUGGAAAUGAUGCAGGUGCGGACAAUGCAGGAAGUGAUGGUACUCAAGAUAAUACUAAUAUUGAUGGAAAUGCACCAGCUGAUGCUCAAGGUGAUGCUAAUGCUGCUGUUACAACUGAUACACCGGCUGAUGGUGCUCAAGGUAAUGCUAAUGAUGCUGAAAAUGGUAAUAAUGCUGCAAAUGAUGGAAGCAAUGCAGGUGCUGCUGAUAAUACACAAGGUGAUGGUACUCAAGAUAACGCUAACAAUGCAGCAAAUGAUGCAAGCAAUGCAGGUUCCACUGAUAAUGCUCAAGCUGAUGGUACUCAAGACAACACUAACAAUGCUGAAAAUGGUAAUAAUGCUGCAAAUGAUGCAAGCAAUGCUGGUGCUACAGACAAUACACAAGGAGAUGGUUCUCAGGAUAAUGCUAACAAUGCUGAUAAUGGAAACAAUGCUGCAAAUGAUGCAAGCAAUGCAGGUUCCACUGAUAAUGCUCAAGCUGAUGGUACUCAAGACAACACUAACAAUGCUGAAAAUGGUAACAACGCACAAAAUGAUGCAAAUAAUGCAGCUGCAGAUACUGCACAAGGUGAUGGUACACAAGAUAGCACUAAUAACGCUAAUAAUGCACCAGCUGGUGGUCAGUGUGGUGCCAAAAAGCCUGGUACUACUGAUAAUACACAAGCUGAUAGUGCGCAAGGUAACGCAAACAAUGCAGAAAAUUGUAAUAAUGCUGCAAAUGAUGCAAACAAUGCAGGUGCUGAUGCACAAGCUGAUGGUACUCAAGAUAAUACGGCAAAUGAUGGAAAUAAUGCAGGUUCCACUGAUAAUGCACAAGCUGAUGGUACUCAGGACAAUGCAAACAAUGCUGAUAAUGGAAACAAUGCUGCAAAUGAUGCAAACAAUGCAGGUGCUUCAGAUAAUACACAAGGAGAUGGUACUCAGGAUAAUGCAAACAACGCUGAAAAUGGCAACAAUGCUGCAAAUGAUGCAAACAAUGCAGGUUCCGCUGAUAAUGCACAAGCUGAUGGUACUCAGGAUAAUGCAAACAACGCUGAAAAUGGCAACAAUGCUGCAAAUGAUGCAAACAAUGCAGGUUCCGCUGAUAAUGCACAAGCUGAUGGUACUCAGGAUAAUGCAAACAAUGCUGAAAAUGGUAACAAUGCAGCAAAUGAUGGAAGCAAUGCAGGUUCUGCUGAUAAUACACAAGGUGAUGGUACUCAAGAUAAUACUAACAACGCAGAAAAUAACGAUGCACAAGGUACAGAUAACGAAAAUAAUCAACAAAAUGACGCCCAAAAUGGCGAAACAUCCAACAACACUCAAGACGGUGGAAACCAAGAUGGUACCAACAAUCAAAACGAGGAAAACAAUGGUGCAGAUAACGCCCAAAAUGAUGCAAAUAACUCAAACAAUGAUGGUACCGACAGCAACGCUCAAAAUAAUGAUGCACAAAACGGCAACGCUGGAGAAAACUCUCAAAAUGAUGGUAGCUUAGACAACAACCCAGAUAAUUCCCAGAACCAAAACAACAAUGAAAACCCAUCCAAUCCCGACAACAAUCAAAACUCAAUAGAAGACAACAACACCAAAGAGGAUGAUAAUAAUACCAAAGAAGAUACAGACAACAACACCAAAGAGGAUGAUAAUAAUACAAAAGAAGAAACAGAUAACAAUACCAAGGAAGAGAAUGAUACAAAAGAAGAUACAGAUAACAACACCAAAGAAGAGAAUGAUACAAAAGAAGAUACAGAUAACAACACCAAAGAGGAUGAUAACAACACAAAAGAAGAUGUAGAUAACAACACCAAAGAGGAUGAAAAUAAUACUAAAGAAGAAACAGAUAACAAUACCAAGGAAGAGAAUGAUACAAAAGAAGAUACAGACAACAACACCAAAGAGGAUGAUAAUAAUACAAAGGAAGAAACAGAUAACAACACCAAAGAAGAUAAUGAUACUAAAGAAGAUAAAGAUAAUAACACCAAAGAAGAAGAUAACGAUAACGACAAGGAUUCUAAGGAAACGAACAGCGCCGAAGAGAAUUGGAAGAAACAAAUCGCGGAGAUAAUCAAAAAACAAGAGGAACAAAGAAAGAAGGCGCAAGAAAGACUCGAAAAGGAAAAGAAAAGGGAAGAGGAGAGACGUAAGAAACAACAGGAAGAAUUAGAAAAGCAACAACAGAAGGAACAAGAACGAAUCGAAAAGGAAAAGAAACGGGAAGAGGAGCGAAGGAAGAAGCAACAGGAGGAAUUAGAAAAGCGGUUAAAGAAGGAAGAGGAGAAGCGCAAGAAGGAGGAGGAGAGGAGAGAAAAGGAGGCCGAAAAGAGGCAAAAAGAAUUAGAAAAGAAACGAGAGGAGGAAGAAAAACGACGUAAAGAAGAAGAGGAGAGAAAACAGAAAGAAAACAGCGAUGAAGACAGCGAUGAAAACGAUGAUGAUGAUGCACCCGAGUGGAUUAAAAUUCUAAAACGAAAACUCGAAGCUAGAAAAGCUUACAUAGAGCAAAUCAAGAAGAAAUAUGGAAUGGACAUCCCUUGUGAUGGGGAGGUUUGCAGAUUAGGGUGUGUUAUCGAUGGAAAACAUUCUGGUUAUUGUCAAAGAAGAAGCCAAUGUAGAUGUGUUUAG